UAUUGCAGAUUAACAAUGAUUUAAAUGGUCCAAAUAAUUGGUCCAGUGAUUGGAUCACUGUACGUAAUGUGAAUUUUAUUAAUAGAUAUGCUAUAUAUAGAGCAAAUUUGUUUGAUAAUUGUUUGUUGUGUAAUGUCAAUAUAUGCAAGGGAGAAUUAAAUAUUUUGACGCAUAUAAAAGGAUCUAAACAUGAAAAAGGAUUGAAAAAUGAUGAUAAAAUAGACUUAAUUAGGCCGUUUUUAAAUCGACUUGAUAAUUACAUGAAGGAUGACAAUGACAACAUAUUGCUUUCAAAUAGAGAUUUCAUAUUUCCUUAUUCUAAAAGGACAAUUUAUUGCAAACCAUGUAAUAAGGAAAUUGAUGUUAGACAAAAAAAAAUAUUCACACAUUUAAAAACUAUGGAUCACAUAUCACAAUGCGAAUCUGUAAUCAAGAGUAGUUCGGGAAAAUUGACACUUUUGAACAGAGAAGUUUCAUUAGAGAAAGAUCACAUAGGUGUUAUGAAAGUUAGUUCUCAUGAUGCAUUCAAAAAUAAACAGGAGAUUGAAGGACAAAACAUUUGUGUCAGUUUUAUGAAAAGUAAUGUACCAAAUAAUUGGAAUCGGAUAGAUUCUAGAAUUGACCUAGUAGAAGACAAUAACAUAUUUAUUGAUGACAGCGUUAGUGCUUUCAUUAAAUGCAUUGAAAGUUCAUGGGCAAUUGUUAAACCGAUGUAUAUAUAUAAUAGAAUUUUUUUUAAUUUUACUGAUGGUAUAUAUUUAUGUACUUUAUGUAAUAAUGAUAUUGAUGUUUCUGCCAAUGUUUUUUCCAUAAAGAAUCACUUGGAGAGCAUUACUCAUAGAAAUAAUGCAUUACUGGUAAAUUUAUCACAUCGAUAUUAUUGUUAUUUAUGCGACUUAAUGAUUCAGAAUGAGAAAUCAUAUUCAACUCAUAAAUCACAAAAGGCACAUAAGGAAAGGUUAAUUUCAUACUUUGGAUGUAAAAAUAAGGGCCUAUUUUUCAAAGACUUAGUUUGUCAAGAAUGUGGUUUAAUAAUUUUUUCUAAUGAUGAGGGAGCAUUACCUAAACAUACACCCAUCACUUUCAAGUUUAAUGAUACAUCAGUAAAUACAAAUACAAAAAUUGAUGGAAAAGAAAUAAUGUUUGCUGCUAUGAAUGAAUUACACGGAAAUGCAUCACAUAUGAAUGGUGGCUGUUUAGGAGUCCGUGAAGAUAAUUUUUAUGACAAUGAAGCAUUAGAUACUAUUACUAAAUACUAUGUAAAUGAUGGAAUGGAUAUAGGCUGUGUUCCAGCAUUUUCAAAUGAAAAGAUUGCUGUUCCGUUGAUGAAUGAAUUAAUUGCUUCUGAUAAUUCAGAUUUUGGAGAAGAAUAUGAGCAUGGUCAAUUAGAUAAUUUAAAAAUUAUUGAGAAUAAUGGAGUUGAAGCAAAUAAUGGCAAUGACACUGAAAAUGUAAAUGUGACAAAUAGUAAAGAAGAAACACGUAAAUUAGAAGAAAUAUUUUUAAAGUUUUGGGACGAUUUUGAUCUCAGUGAUAAGAACCUAAGUUUAAAUAAGCAAAUUUUCGGAAUAAUUGACAAAGGAUUUUUAAAAUGUUUAUUGUGUCGUCAUAAAUUAACUCUCAACAAACGAGGUGUUCUUGGUCAUAUUAAUGGAAUGAGCCAUAGAAGAAACCUUAGCGAAUUUCUAGAAAUUCGUCACUAUUGCAGCGUAUGUAGACUAUUUAUACAGGACUUCAAUUUGCAUAAAAUCUCAUCAAAUCAUAUUUCUAAUAUUCCAGAUUAUAAUGAUGACUUUAAUAAAGAUAAUCCUCCUACAAUGAAACAUGAAUGCAGUGAGUGCCGCGUUAUAUCAUACUAUCCAGCAGGUACCAACUUUGAACACACACAUUUUGAAUUUGAAUUCUCAAAGGUUAUUACAAAAGGAAAAAUUAGUUCCAAUGCAAAAAUUAGAAAAAAAAUUUUGACUUUAAUCGAGGAUGAACAAGUAUUGAAUGACUACUCUGUUAAUUUAAUCAAAUUGGCAAAAACUGCUGCACAAUCGAAUGAAUUGAUAUUAGCUACCUGCACCAUGCUGGAGAAAAAUUUAUCAGUGUUCACAAGCUGCAAAGCCUACCCUUUUGGCUCUAGAAUGACUGGUUUAGGAUGUGAAAGUAGCGAUCUUGACAUUUUUUUUGACAGUGGUUCCAUGUAUAAUGGAUUACAAAACCAAAACAGUCAAUUUCAGAAUUCGUUAAUUGAUGUAUGUUGUGAGGUGUUAAAAAAAUGUGACGAGUGGGACUUUGUGUUCCCUGUUACAAAAGCUAGAACACCAAUUAUUAAAGCAUUUAAUACUGUAUAUAAAAUGGACUGUGAUAUAUCUUUUAGAAAUGGCUUAGGUGUUGAAAAUACUGUCAUAUUAAAGCGAAUAUUAAAUGAUCAACCUAUAGCAAAGCGCAUGAUAUUAAUUUUGAAACAUUGGUUAAAACUAAUUAAAGUUUCAAUGAAUGGGUAUGCUAUAGCAUAUCUUGUUAUAUUUUAUCUUCAGCUACAAAAGCUCAUUGUACCUGUAUGGCAUAUGACUACAGGAAGUAGUCAUGAAAAAAAAAUUAUUUGCGGUUGGGAGUGCCAAGUUGUAGACUAUGUGGCUUUUCCGAAAAGCACUGAAAAAUUAUCGAAUUUAUUGCGUGGUUUUUUCAAAUAUUAUGGAGAAUUCAAUUACUCACAGAAUGUGAUUUGUCCAUUAUUGGGUCAGAUAGUUAAUAAAGAAGAGUUUGAAGAUUACAUGUCACUUCCUCAGCAAUUUAAACCAUAUAUAGAUCAUUGUCAACGAAUUUCAAGGGCUACAUUAAAUGAUUUCGAUUCAAACGAUAUGGAUUCAAACGAUAUGAAUUCAAACGAUAUGGUGUUACUUGAUCAGUUAUAUUAUGGACCCCUAAAAACUGAUGCUUCAAUGUGUCUUCAGGAUCCUGUUGAUUUGUCUCAUAAUGUAACUAAAGGUAUUCGACCUACAGAUUUGGAAAAAUUUAAAAUUAUGUGCGAGUUUUCUUCAUCCAUUAUUGCCACUAAGAAUUCAAGUGAUCGUGCGGAUAAUUAUAUUGAUGAAUAAUGAGCUGCAUAAUAGUUUGAUUGUCGUUUCAAGCAUACAAGU